AUGGAGCUAAAGACUGUGUGCAAAGUUCCAGGACUAUUGGACACACUUCGGAAAUUCCAGGUGGUGGUGACCCUGGACCCCGACAGUGCGCACCCGUUCCUCACGCUGUCCGAGGACCGGAGGGCUGUGUCACAGAGGCGGCCCUGGCAUGGCCAGCUUGGUCUGUUUGGGAGCUUCCCAAGUGUGGUGGGCUGCGAGCGCCUGACUGCUGGCAGAUACUACUGGGAAGUGGAGUUGAGAGACGGAGGAAGUUGGCACCUUGGCGUGUGUAAAGAGGAUGUCGACAGGAUGGACUCCUCCCCCUGGACCGCUGACCGUGGGUUUUGGAGCAAGGGAGACCUUAUUCCUGCAGGUGCCUUCAACCCCCAGAAGAAUCCCCACCCUCGAGUUGGGGUUUUCCUAGACUAUGAGGGAGGGGAGAUUUCUUUCUACAGUGUGAACGAGGAAUCCCACAUCUACACCUUUCCACAGGCGUACUUUUCUGGGCCCCUGCGGCCCAUCUUCAUCACACCAUCCUGGUGUCAGACCUCCCUGAUUGUUUGUCCAAAGCAAGAGACUGGUGCCAAGGAUGCCGCCUCUGGUGGAGAGAAGCCCUUGGAGUCAUCUCCAAGGGGUUCUUCAAAGCCUUCUCUGUUUGUGUUUGGAGAUGCUCCUGCCUAA